GAAUUUUGAAACAGUAGCAUUUUUUCACUAGCCUAGACAACAUUUAUUUGCAAGCAAGCAACAAGAGAUAAUGGGUAGUAAAGUGUAACCUACCCUAACCACAUUACAGCCGUCCGAUCAAAUGUUGAUCCAAAAGCUAUUAUCCGACCACGAUCACUUCCCAUCCACCAUUGUAAUGUACAGCAGCUUCAUGGCUCAUAACAAAGCCACGUUUGCUGCUUAUGAUACGUCAGAUCAAAAGUCAAUCCAACGGUUUACUCCCCUGUCUAUGUUCUGUGAAAUCAACAUCCCGCUCUUUUUGUUCUCUACGACUUGCUAAAUAUCUCAUCAUCAUAGUUUCUCUCUCUAGAAGAUCUCUCUCUCUCUCUCUCUCUCUAGAUUCUUGUUUUGGUUAGUGAAGGAAAUGCAGGAUCAAGCAACAAGUUCUAUGGCGGCGAGCUCGUUUCCUUCGAGUAGUGAGAGAUCUUCUAGCUCUGCUCUUCAUGUUGAAGUUAAAGAAGGUAUGGAGAGUGAUGAUGAAAUAAGAAGAGUACCAGAGAUGGGAGGUGAGGCAGCGGGUCCCACAGUUUCCGGCAGCCGUAAUGGAGGUUCUGCCGCCGGUCCUGUCCAGCCAUCAGGCGGCGCUUCAAGGAGGAGGAGUGGUAGAAGCCCUGCAGAGAAAGAAAACAAGAGGCUAAAAAGGUUGUUGAGGAACAGAGUAUCAGCACAGCAAGCAAGGGAGAGGAAGAAGGCCUAUAUGAUUGAUUUGGAGGCUAGGGUUAAAGAACUCGAGACCAAGAAUUCCGAGCUCGAAGAGCGACUUUCCACUUUGCAAAAUGAGAAUCAAAUGCUUAGACAGAUUCUGAAGAACACAACUGCAGGCUCGCAAGAGGGUCGAAAGUAGUGAUUUUUGGUUCAAGUGUUUUUCUUGUGAAAUAAUAAUCAAGGUGUCGUAGAUUGAAUUUGUAGGUUGGAGAUAUAGCGUGAUGAUUAUAGUCGAAACUCGAGAGGCUUUUAUUCGUUAACACUUUAAUACUAAUUUCUAGC